CCACUGGAAAUGCAGCAAGGAUUCCUAGCACAUCCCAGUUGCCAUAGCAACAGCAGUCUUUCCCAUAAUGAGCUGCAUCAUCUGAACUGAUGUCACAGCAUCAUGCAGCAGGUCAAACAAGGCAUCUUCUAGUAUUGCAUCCUACAGAUGUGCUGUAAACAUCAAAAGAAGACGGUGGGAGCAGGAGAUGUUCCCAGAAGCUUCAUCCAGGCUGUUUUGGAAAGAAGUAAGGUUUAGCUUUCUCCAUGUUCACCAUGAGCGUGACACUUUCCCCCCUGAGGUCACAGGAUCUAGACCCCAUGGCUACUGACGCUUCCCCCAUGGCCAUCAACUUGACGCCCACUGUGGAGCAGGGCGAGGGAGAAGAGACGAUGAAGGACGUGGACCCAGACCAGCAGUAUGAGAAGCCGCCCCCCUUGCACACAGGGGCUGACUGGAAGAUUGUCCUCCACUUGCCUGAAAUCGAGACCUGGCUCCGGCUGACGUCAGAGAGAGUCCGGGACCUGACCCAUUCUGUCCAGCAGGACUCGGACAGCAAACACGUGGAUGUGCAUCUUGUUCAACUGAAGGACAUUUGUGAAGAUAUUUCAGACCACGUUGAGCAGAUCCAUGCUCUCCUGGAAACUGAGUUCUCCCUGAAGCUGCUGUCCUACUCUGUCAAUGUGAUAGUGGACAUCCAUGCAGUGCAGCUCCUCUGGCACCAGCUCCGAGUCUCAGUGCUGGUUCUGCGGGAGCGCAUUCUGCAAGGCCUGCAGGACGCCAAUGGCAACUACACCAGGCAGACAGACAUCUUGCAAGCGUUUUCUGAAGAGACAAAUGAGGGUCGACUUGAUUCACUAACGGAAGUGGAUGAUUCAGGUCAACUAACCAUCAAGUGCUCUCAAAACUACUUGUCUCUAGACUGUGGUAUUACUGCUUUUGAACUGUCUGACUAUAGCCCAAGUGAGGACUUGCUUGGUGGUCUGGGUGAUAUGACCUCUAACCAGGUGAAAACCAAACCCUUUGAGUCUUGGAGCUACAGUGAGAUGGAAAAGGAGUUCCCUGAGCUUAUCAGAAGUGUCGGGUUACUUGCUGGAUCUACUGACCCCAUUCCCUCCAGCUCCAGUGAAGCACUUGUUGAGGACAUGUCCUCCAAGUCUCGUUCAGCAGACAGCAAAGAGGGACAUAAAGAAAACAAGGCUUGCACAGUGGAGGAAGAGUCAGGCUCAAGACCAGCCACGUCAUCGUCUGGGGAAGUGCCGACAAAUGCUGCUCAACCAUCUUCAGAGACUUUGAAGCAAGAAUCCAAUUCCUCCUCCCAGCUUGGGCCAAAGAACCAACAAAUUCUUCCUGGUGAAAAUGCAACCCCCAAGCGAACCAUCAGAGAUUGCUCUGAUUAUAAUGAGGAUUCUCCCACACAGCCCACGUUGCCCAAAAGAGGGCUUUUCCUUAAAGAGAAAACACUGAUGAAAGAUCUGAAAGGCACUAUAGGGAAGAAGCAGAUGGCUGAUCUCAAGCCUGCGAUGAGCAGAAGCACCCCUUCCCUGGUGGACCCCCCUGACAGAUCCAAACUCUGCCUGAUAUUGCAGUCUUCCUACCCCAGCAGCCCUUCAGCUGCCAGUCAGUCACUUGAGUGUUUGCACCAGGUAGGGGCUGGAAAUCUUGAAAACACUGUCAAAAGUCACAUUAAAGAAAUCUCUUCCAGCUUGGGAAGGCUUAAUGACUGUCAUAAAGAGAAACCCCGACUUAAAAAGUCCCAUAAGAAAUCACAAGAGGCCCCUUCCUGCCAAAUGCGUAAGCAAGGAACUGAUUCAGGCAAGCAAGCAGAAAAUGUGGGACACCCAAUCGUACCUAAUGGAAUUCCUGUGGGGCCCAGCAAGACCAUAGACACAGAUUCUGCUUCCACAUCCUCACUUGAGCCAGGUAGUCAGAGAAGCUGGAAUUCCAAAUUGCCAGUGCACUCAGAAACAUCCAAUUCGCCUCUUUUAACUCAAAGCAGUGAAUUCUCUGCUGGCUCAGACAUCAUAUCUCCAGUCCCCCUUCUUUCAAAACACAAAAACAAGAAAAAUAAUUCCACUUCCCCAAAUCAUGUCUCCAGGAAUGGUCCAGUCGUAGAAGCCUGGUAUGGCUCUGACGAAUACCUAGCACUCCCCUCUCACCUUAGGCAGACAGAAGUGUUAGCCUUGAAGUUGGAAAACCUAACAAAGCUCCUGCCUCAGAAACCCAGAGGAGAAAUCAUUCAGAAUAUUGAUGACUGGGAACUCUCGGAAAUGAACUCUGAUUCUGAGAUUUAUCCAGUAUACCACGUCAAGAAGAAGCACACUAGACUAGGCAGGGUGUCGCCAAGCUCAUCCAGUGACAUCGCCUCUUCCCUGGGAGAGAGCGCUGAAUCUGGGCCCCUGAGCGACCUCCUUUCCGAUGAGGAGUCAUCUACAUCUCUCUCUGGCCUGAAAAAAUACAUAGAUCAGAGGUCAGAGAGACCAUCAUCUGCUGAGAAAAGCGAGAGCCAUUCUGCUGCAAAAUCUGCUUUAAUUCAGAAACUGAUGCAAGAUAUUCAGCACCAAGACAACUAUGAAGCCAUAUGGGAAAAGAUAGAGGGAUUUGUAAACAAGUUGGAUGAAUUUAUCCAAUGGUUAAACAAAGCCAUGGAAACGACUGAGAACUGGACUCCCCCCAAAGCAGAGACGGAUAGCCUUAAACUCUACCUGGAGACUCACUUGAGUUUUAAGUUGAAUGUAGAUAGUCACUGUGCUCUAAAGGAAGCUGUGGAAGAGGAAGGACACCAACUUCUUGAGCUUAUUGCAUCUCACAAAGCAGAAGGACUGAAGGACAUGCUGCGGAUGAUUGCAAGUCAAUGGAAGGAGCUGCAGAGGCAAAUCAAACGGCAACACAGCUGGAUUCUCCGGGCUCUGGAUACCAUCAAAGCCGAGAUUCUGGCUACUGAUGUGUCUGUGGAGGAUGAGGAAGGGACUGGAAGCCCCAAGACUGAGGUUCAACUAUGCUACCUGGAAGCACAAAGAGAUGCAAUUGAGCAGAUGUCCCUCAAGCUGUACAGCGAGCAGUACACCAGCAGCAACAAGCGGAAAGAAGAGUUUGCUGAUAUGUCAAAAGUUCAUUCAGUGGGAGGCAAUGGACUUCUGGACUUUGAUUCAGAAUAUCAGGAGCUCUGGGAUUGGCUGAUUGACAUGGAGUCCCUUGUGAUGGACAGCCACGACCUGAUGAUGUCAGAGGAGCAGCAGCAGCAUCUUUACAAGCGAUACAGUGUGGAAAUGUCCAUCAGGGGCCUGAAAAAGACGGAGCUGCUUAGUAAGGUUGAAGCUUUGAAGAAAGGUGGCGUUUUACUACCAAAUGAUCUCCUUGAAAAAGUGGAUUCAAUUAAUGAAAAAUGGGAACUGCUUGGGAAAACCCUCGGAGAACAGACCCAGGACACAAUGGUGGGGCACAGUGGGUCAGGUCCGCGUGACCUGCUCUCUCCUGAAAGCGGAAGCCUGGUGAGGCAGCUGGAGGUCAGGAUCAAAGAACUAAAAGGGUGGCUGAGAGAUACAGAGCUUUUCAUCUUCAAUUCCUGCCUGAGACAAGAAAAGGAAGGAACAAUGAAUGCUGAGAAACAACUGCAAUACUUUAAGUCUCUCUGUUGUGAGAUUAAGCAGCGGCGGCGUGGCGUUGCCUCUAUCCUGCGGCUGUGUCAGCAUCUUCUGGAUGAUCGGGAGACCUGCCAUCUGAACGCAGACCACCAGCCCAUGCAGCUGAUCAUUGUCAACCUGGAGAGAAGGUGGGAAGCCAUCGUCAUGCAAGCAGUGCAGUGGCAAACGCGGUUACAGAAGAAGAUGGGAAAGGAGGCUGAGACUUUGAAUGUGAUUGAUCCAGGUUUGAUGGACCUAAAUGGGACAAGUGAAGAUGCCUUGGAAUGGGAUGAAACUGACAUAAGUAAUAGGUUGAUUAGUUUGAAUGAAGAAGCCAGUGACCUUGAUCAAGACUCCCAAAUCACCAUGCCUUCCUUGAAUUUGGAGGAGACAGGUGGGGAAGACCCUGGUUGUGAAGAGAAGGCAGGUAACUGCUCAGGGUCUCAGUAUGCCUCGAAUGUCACUGCCUCCUCUGGUCCUCACAUUUACCAGGUGUACAGUCUCCACAAUGUUGACCUCUGUGAGAAUAGCCACAUGCCAUUCCUGAAGAACAAUCCCAAACUCUCCAGCAAGACCCAGCCUGGUGUUCUUACUAAGAGUCUCAGUAAAGACUCUUCAUUUUCAUCUACCAAAUCACUUCCCGAUCUUCUGGGGGGUUCUAAUUUGGUGAAGACCUGCUCAUGCCACAGAGGAGACAGGAGCCAAAACUCAAGCAGCGAGAGUGGAAUUGUCAGUGAAGGGGACACUGAAACUACUACCAACUCCGAAACAUGUUUGCUCACUGCAGUGGAUGGGUCGCCACAUAAUCCUGAAACAGAACAUCUGGAGCCCCAAAUGGGAGAGGCAGUCAAUGUGCUAACACAAAAGUUUAAAGAUGACGAGGAGCACAUUAAGCUUCCAAAUAGCUCUCAGUCAUCCAUUUCACCAGUGGGUUGUGUAAAUGGAAAAGUUGGAGAUUUAACCAGUGAUACCAAACAUACCCCUGAUUGUUUGGGAGAAGAAUUACAAGGAAAACAUGAUGUGUUUACAUUUUAUGAUUACUCUUACCUCCAAGGCUCAAAACUCAAGUUACCAAUGAUAAUGAAACAGUCUCAGAGUGAAAAAAUACACAUGGAAGAUCCCCUGCUUCAUGGUUUCUAUUUUGAUAAAAAAUCCUGCAAGUCUAAACAUCAGGCUACAGAGUUACAACCAGAUGCCUCUCCCCACGAAAGGAUUUUGGCAAGUGCAUCCCAUGACAUGGAUUACAGUUCCUAUAAAAGUGGUGAUGUAGAGAAGACAUUCACAGGCAUGCAGAGUGCCAGACAGCUCUCUCUUUUAUCUCAUAGUUCAUCGGUUGAAUCCCUUUCUCCAGGAGGUGAUUUGUUUGGAUUGGGCAUCUUUAAAAAUGGCAGUGAUAGCCUCCAGCGAAGCACUUCUUUAGAAAGUUGGUUGACAUCCUAUAAAAGCAAUGAAGAUCUUUUUAGUUGUCACAGCUCAGGGGAUAUAAGCGUGAGCAGUGGCUCAGUCGGCGAACUGAGUAAAAGGACAUUAGAUCUCCUGAAUCGUCUGGAGAAUAUCCAGAGCCCCUCAGAGCAAAAGAUAAAGCGAAGCAUUUCUGAUAUCACUCUCCAAAGCAGUUCCCAAAAAAUGUCCUUUACUGGCCAACUCUCUUUGGACAGAGCAUCUUCAAUCAAUGAAGAUUCCCCAGCCUCACUGACAGAACUCAGCAGUAGUGAUGAGAUCUCUCUUUGCUCAGAGGAUAUUGCAUUACACAAAAACAAGGUCCCAGAAUCGAAUGCGUCAUUCCGGAAGCGGCUGACCCAUUCAGUGGCUGAUGAAAGCGAUGUCAAUGUUAGCAUGAUUGUUAAUGUCUCCUGCACCUCUGCUUGCACUGAUGAUGAAGAUGACAGUGACCUCCUCUCAAGCUCUACCCUCACCUUGACAGAAGAAGAGCUGUGCAUCAAAGAUGAGGAUGACGACUCCAGCAUUGCAACUGACGAUGAGAUUUAUGAAGACUGCCACUUGAUGUCAGGGCUAGACUACAUAAAGAAUGAGCUGCAGACAUGGAUUCGACCGAAGUAUUCCAUGACAAGAGAUAAGAAAAGGUGCCAUCUUGGUGAUGAAAUAAAGGGCAGUAAGGACAUAAGUGGUAGUGAAAUGACAAAUUCCUCUGAUACCCUCAAUAUUGAGGCACUUCUAAAUGGGUCCAUAAAACGUCUCUCUGAAAAUAAUGGAAAUGGUAAGAAUUCAUCCCACACCCAGGAGGUAGGAACAAAGGGUGAGAAUAAGAAAAACCUUUUCAAAGUUAAUAAAGAUCCAUAUGUGGCUGACAUGGAAAAUGGCAAUAUUGAAAGUACCCCAGAAAGACAGGAGAGCAAAUUGAGUGGGAUAUCUGUGGAAUCAGAAACUCUUGGUUUCAUAGGGAAACAGAAUUUGGAGAAUGGGCAUUGUAAAUGUAAAGAAGUUAUAGAGACCUCAGAAGAGUCAUAUAUUGCUGAAAAAGAUAGUGAACACCCCAGUGUUAAACAUCUUUCAAAGAAAUGUCAAAACCAUCACCAUUUUGAAAAUCAAAGUUCAGCAUCUACUCCCACUGACAAAUCUUUCCCAGAACUGCCUUCAGAAACUAGUACUGUCAAUACACAGGACAAUGAUGUGCCCAAAUCUUCAUCUAAUGAUGCACUGAGUGUCACUGGAAAAUCUGUUGGUUGUUGCCUUGCAUUCGAACAAAGUAAAACAGAGGGAAAUGCUUCUAUCAGCGAUAACAUUUCCUGUUGUGACUGUGCGCCAGAUGUUUUCCAUCAGAAAGAUUCUGAAGAUUGUUCAGUACAUGACUUUGUCAAGGAAAUAAUCGGCAUGGCUUCAACAGCCCUGAAAAACAAAUCUCAACCUGAAUAUGAGGUGGCUGCACCAACUUCAUUAACUCAAAUCAAGGAAAAAGUACUGGAACAUUCUCACCGCCCUCUUCAGCUGAGAAAAGGGGACUUCUAUUCCUACCUAUCUCUCUCCUCACAUGACAGUGACUGUGGGGAGGUGACCAGUUACAUAGAAGAAAAAAGCAGCACCCCAUUGCCCCCAGAUGCUGCCGACUCCAGCUUAGAAGACAAGGAAGACAUUGAAUGCUUCUUUGAGGCCUGUGUUGAAGAUGGCCCAGAUGUCCGUGAGCCCUGUUUCCCCAGCUCUCCUCCAAAUACACCUGCAGUUCCUGCUGAAGCUUCAGUGCCUCUGCAAGCCAUCGCUGGCCCUUCUCAUUCUGGUGACGGUCAACACCCAGCUGAUGAUGCCCUUGGGGUUACUUAUUCCAGUCUUCCCCCUCCAAAUGGAUCUGACAUUGUAAAGGAAGUAGGUGUUUUACCCCAAGCUCCCAGUGACUCCAGAGAAAAUCCAGAGUUAACUGAGUCUUCAAAGCUGGGCAACGACAAAGAGAGUUCAGAAGACCUAGGUGAGUCUGGAAUGGCAGGAGCACAUAAUCUGGCUCCGGCCAAACCCAGUGUUCCAGACGUCUCCUCAAAAAAAAAGCAGCCCAAAGAUAAGGCUGUAGUGCAUACCAACCCCAAAACCUUAACCUGUGAAGAAAAUCUCCUAAACCUUCAUGAAGAACAACAUAGAAAUAUGCAUAGGUAGAAUGUAAUCCUUUCCAAGCAUGAAAAUCAUCUCACUGAAAGAUAAGCCUGGCUGCAACUCAGGGGUGGCCUUAUAGCUCCACCCCGGGCUCAUCUCUGGCUCCAUCAUGUCACUGCCGUUCGUUACUCUGACCUCUCCCAAGAUGAAGCUUCCUUCUGAAUGCGGUUUGUCCACAUGCGCCUUGUGCUCUGGAUGUGUGCACUGGUUCUCUCUAGGUGAUCGUCUUUGAAGUUCAGCACAGCUGCUUGUUCGCCCAUGGAUUCCUAUCCCAAGCUACCUCUUCCUACCCCAUCUCUCCCUCCAACAAGACUGGUUUGCCACUGUCCUCGUCUGCUCUUUAUGGUUUUGCAGUUCGCAAAAAUUGACGGCCCAUUAAAUUCACCUCUCCUGGAAUGACCCCUUGCCAAUACUUAAUGAAUUUCAUGUUUCAAUCUGGAUUUUUUAAAUGGUAUUAUGGCUAUGUUUAUCGUAAGAGAUUUACCUAGAAGGCCAACAUUCUAUUGACUGUAGCAUAGAAAAUAAAUACUGGCCCUUCUUUCAAAAUUAAGCAGCUUUUAAAAGUACCAAUUUAUUUAUUUUAUUUAAAAAAAUAAAUCUAUGCAGCACUUCAAGAUACUAUACAGUGUUGUAUAUUGUAAACUGGUGAUAUUCUACUCUUAAAUUAUGUACACAUUUUGUUUUUUUAAAUGCUUCUUGAGGUGGUAAUGAGAAAAAAGUUUUUUUUUAAAAAGUGUGCCUUGCUGUAUUUCUUAUGCCAUUUAUUAAAAAGCUGCUUUCACGGUAAAAUUACAUUGGUUUGAAAGGAGGAAAUAGCAAGGUUAAGAUGUGUGAAUAAUUUCUGUAUAUAUGUAUAACCAAGUACAAACAUUGAUGUAUAAUGACAGUAUAAAAUGCUUUAAUGUUUGUGAUGUCUAGUGAUGUGGAAAAUAUAAGCCUUAAAUCCAUUAGAUUGCAUGGUAAUUAAAAUUGGCAUAAUAAACAUAGUUUAUUGGGGGAAAAGGAAAAUUAGUGAUCUCUUCUACCUGUGUUCUUGACCAAAUUAUUACAUCUAGCUCUGAAAAAAUAUUAACAUAUAGCAGCUUCCAAAGUAUUCAUAUUGCAUAAGAGGCUUAAAAUUACAUAGCAACUGCACAGGAAGCCUUUACAAUUUUUAAAAUCUUUUUCAUUACUCUAAAAAGAUCUUGGAACACAAAUUAUUAAAUGCCAAUUCCCCUAAAUCAAUAAAAUUGUAUCUUAGGUUUGAAUUUCUACUUAUUAAUGAUUGAAUGUUGGAUUUCAGGAUACCUAGUAUAUCUUAUAUUUUAUAUAAUCCUCUCAAAUGGUUUGAUUAUAGUAGAAAAGUAUAAAAAAUUUGACUUUGAUUUAGGCUAUAGAUUUCAGGUAUAUUUAUUUUGUGCUAAAAAUUAAAUAAGAUAUGUUUGAUUUGGUUUUUAUGUAUGUUACUAAAUGCAGCUUUUAAAAAAGUUAUAUCCUCAUGCCUACUAAAGUGCCUGACACACAGUAGGUAUUCAGUAAAAAUGUGCUGAAUUGAAGUGUUGAAUCCGGUAGCACAAAUGGCAUGUCUCAAGGAGCUGGAAUAGUAGUACAGCAGGUAGGGCGUUUGCCUUGCACGAAGCUGAUCUGGGAUUGAUCCCCAAGUAUCCCAUAAGGUCCCCUGAGCACUGCCAAGAGUGGUUCCAGAGUGUUGAGCCAGAAAUAACCCCAGAGCACCACUGGGUGUGGCCACAAAUUUUUUCAAAAAAUGACAGGACUUUUCGUUUUGAAAAAAACACCCUAAAACAUGUAAACAAUUCAAAAACAGUAAUGUAGUGUAGUAUACAACUGCACAUGAUUUAUCUCAGAAUUCGAAGGAAAAUAAUAUUGUGGAUUCACAUAGUCAAAGGAAUGACAAUCACUCAAGCAACUGAUAGCUAAUGCCUAUUAUCUGCCAGUACCUUUCUAGACUUGGGGUGGGGGCAGGGUGGGGGAGGCAGCUAAGAUCUGAUCAAAGGCCCUGCCCUCAGGAAGCUCCUGCACUGUGGGUAUAGUGAGCCUACCAAGAAAUGCUACUGAUGAGAGCAGAGGCAAAUGUGGCCAAGGAGGCUGAAAGAAAUAAGCAGUAAUGAAAGGACAAGAAGGAAGCAAAAAGGUUUCGAGAGAGCAGAAAGCUAGACCUGUGGUUUUCAACCUUUUUAUGCCUGCAGGCCAGCACCAGUGCUGCAUACAGGUCCAUGAGCAGGCAAUUAUAAACACUGUGGUAGAUCAGCAGUUAAAAACAUUGUACAAGACUGGCACCAAUCCAUGGACCAAUGAUUGAAUACCACUAAGUUGGACAAUAGACAAUUAAGGACUUACUGAAUGCUUAGGAAAAAAGAUAAAUUGGGAGGCGUUUGAAAGGUUUUUUAAGAAGUUGGAACAGUUGUAUGUAAUAGGCUAGAUAGCAGAGAAACUGUAGUCUUUGUUUGGCACCCGACUUUAUCAUUAGAACUUUAUUAGUACUACACCAAGAACUUUAAAAAAGUGCUAGUUGAUAACACUACCAUUUUAGACCCCUUUCAAUCUUUUCUAUACAUAUUUUUAAAUGGAUGGAUCACUAAGCUUUUGGAUAGGUAGUACUUUGUUCAAAAGGGGUUUUAGGCACAUCUAGAUGCAGUGCUCAAGAUGAUCACAGGGGAAAGAGAUUAGAGAUAAAUGUCUCAUUAGGAGGCAGCUGUAGAAAUUAAGCAAGACUUGCAGUAACAGUUCACAGGGUUUAGCUUCCUGGAUAGAGAACAUAUCCUGAAGUUUUCAAAAUGCUUAGGAGCAUUCUGGAUCUCUGCUGAGGUAUGUUGUUGUUUUAUAUAGUGAAAUAAUGAAUGCCAAGUCUACAUUGAUUGGUGAAACAUCAGAGAACAAACUAACCACGAUGAUGUUCUGUUUACCUGUUCUUUGCUCAUUGAAGACCUUGAGGUAUUAAAAUAUUUGUUUGUUAUCUACUUAGUAUUAACAGCAAAUUUGUAGAAUGACUUUAGGAUUCAUUGAACGAUGGAAUGGAAGCCAGUGAAUCGCUUGCUCUUUAUAUGCACAGCCUCCCCAGUCACCCUGGAAACAGUCACAUUCGCCCUGACUCCACACUUGCAGCCACAGCCGUUCAGAAUCUGCCAAGGCAAGCUGGCCCACUAGCACCUGUCUAGUGUCUCACAGUGGGGUUUGCCUCUUGAGAAAGUUAGUUUCUUGGGUUGCUACAAAUCUGCAAGUGUUCCACCUCUCUUUAAUUUUAUUCACUGAUCCUGGUUCUGUUCCAAUGAGCUGCUCAGAGUAUUACUAUCCCUUCUUUCUCAUGGUAAUCCUGAAGAUCAUUGAGGCCAGUUACUCAUCCUCUCCCAGCUGCUAUAAUUUCUGUCCUUUACUUUUUUCAACUGUCCCUCAUAUAUCCCUCAUAAUUUUCUGAUCCAUUUCAACUUAACUGAAUGUUAACAAGCAGAAUCCUUGAUAUUAAGGAACUGUUUUCAUCAUCCUACAUGUAGAGAAAUAUCUGAACAUUUAAGUGGUAAGUUUUAUCUAAAAAUAUAUGCAAGAUAUGUUUAUUCUAUUAUUGUACAUUUCAAUAAAGAAAUAAAUACAUGAAUAAAUGAGAAUCCAUUACUUCCUUCAGUAGCCCAGCUCAGUGCCAGAGUCAUCUUGAUCUUUUUCUCAUAUCAAAUAUAAAACCUUAACCUGUUUUCAUGUAAAGUAGGGCACCCUUGCCAUUCAUUUACUUACUCAUUCAUUCAACAAACAUUGGUUGAGAGGCUGCUUAUGUGAGGCAUUAUAUUUGGCAUUAUAGACACGAAGGCAACCAAAACGUGUUCUCUGCCUACAAGAAGGUUUACAGUUUUUCUUGUGAAAGUGCCUUUUAUGUCCUUGAAUAUUGAUUUUUUCCAAAUUAAUCGGUGACUCCAUUAAUUUUGUUUGCUGUUUGAGUUUUUUACAUUUUUAUAUAUCUGUUGAGCAAAGAAUAUUCAGAAUGAUAUGGGUCUGGCAGAAGUGAAGUGUUUUUUGUAUUUGAAGGGUUACAAUUAAUUACAGAAAAAAGGAUAUUUCUUAUUUCUCGUCACUAUGUAUCUUAUGCAACAACAGAACAAUCUAAAUUUAGGAAUUUUGAGAAACUAAAGUUUAUGGUUUUAUUGUAUUUGUUUCAUCCUGCUUGGGUUUUUCUCAGGCUUUCAUUUCUAGGAACAAAUUAGAUAAAAACAUCCAAACACACUGAAAUGAUCCUGGUUAUUUGUUAUAAGUCAGAUUGUUUAAUAUGAAAUUGGUAUUGUUUUAGACUUUCAGUAGAUACCUGAUUUUCAAGCAUUUUAUUAAUUUAUAUCUUUCAAGGUUUUCUAGUGAAACAAUUUACAAGGAUAUCUCCUUUUCCUACAUUUCUUUUACUAAUUUUUAUUUUGAAUAACUUCAAAUCUAUAUCAAAGUUGAACAAGAACAUACAAUGAAUUUGCAUAUUCAUCAUUCAGAUUCAUUGUAAUAAUAUUUUGCUUCAUAUCUUUAAAGUGUUUUUGGUGUGGUUGACCAUUUGAGAUUAAAAUAUCGUAAUGCUUCAUCUGUAAAUGCUUUAGUAUAUAUUAUUUCAUUACAAAGGCAUUAUUUUACAAGUCUACAGUUGUCUUCACUUCCAAAUAUGUAACAGUGACACAAUAAUAUUGUGUGAGAAUCCAAAUUCAUAUUUUUCUGAAUUUCUAUUAAUGUCUUUUAACAGUUGUUUUAAUUUUAAUCCGGGAUCCAAACAAAAAUCAUACAUUGCUUCUAUAUUUUAUGUCUUUUGAAACUUGAACAGUUUCUUCACUCUAUUAUUUCUUUGGUCUUUCAUAAUUAACAUUUCUGCAAUUGAGGCCAGUUUUACAGAAUGACUCAGAAUCUGGAUGUGUCCAGAUGUUUUCUCAUUAUUCAACUCAGGGUAAACUUCUUUGUCUAGUGUAGAACAUUGGUGAUGUUGUGUUCAAGAGCUAGUCUUCAUUGAGAGCAAAUGAAUCACUGACAUUCUUGAUGUGCCUGAAAGAUCGUGACUUAACUCUUAGAGCUCAUGCUUUAUUAGUGUAAGGCAAAGGUCAGCAGACUGCAGUUCAUGGGCCAAACCUGGCCCACAGCUUAUAUUUGUUUGGCCUAUGAACUAAGAAUGAUUUUGUUUAAAAAUGGCUGAAAUUUUUUCCAAGGAUUAUUACAAUGACAUGUGAAAAUUAUAUAAAAUUAAAAUGUCAGUGUCCAUAAAUAAAGUUUUACUGGAACAUAGCCACACAUAUUUGUUUACAUAUUGUCUAUGGCUGCUUUUGAGCUGUAACUCAGAGUUAUGUAGCUAUGACAGUGUGCAUAUAGUAUGUAGGUCUAAAAUAUUUACUGUUUGGCCCAUUACAGAAGAAAGCUUUCCUGUUCAUGCUCUAUGGUUUUCUAAAUUCUGACAUGACACAAUUUUCUUAAAGGCAGAUAGUUUUCUAUUUGCAAAAUCGAAUUAAACAUAUUAGCACUUUUAA